AGUACUCGGUUCGAUUGACUGAUGGCGAAUUGUGCUUGAGAAAGUUUCGUAUUUUACUAGUUGAAUCGAAGUGUAAUAAAUACAUACCUUCGAUAUUUUGUUGCAUAAGGAGUUCCUUCAGCGUUAUAGAUGUGUACAAAGAAACAGAAGUGAUCGGUUGUCAUCUAAAAGUUGGUAGUAGCAUAAAGUGAACCAGAGCGUGAAAGUUUCAUAAGACAGUGAUAACAUUGCUGACCGAGCCAGCGGAGCAAGUCGCACGAAAUGUCAUUCCUUGUCGCGCGACGCGUUGGAAGCCUUAUAAAUGCACACUACGCGAGAUUUCUCAGCACGCACACCACGUUGCUAGCGAAGGAUAGCUUCGAGUACGACCUUGUUGUGAUUGGAGGAGGAUCCGGUGGCCUGGCCUGCGCCAAGGAAGCCGUCCAGUUCGGUGCCAAGGUAGCGGUGCUGGACUUUGUUAAACCUUCACCUCGGGGCACGAAAUGGGGUCUCGGUGGAACCUGCGUCAACGUCGGAUGCAUUCCGAAAAAGUUGAUGCACCAGGCUUCGCUUUUGGGUGAAGCGAUCCAUGAUUCUCAAGCGUACGGUUGGAAGUUUGCCGAACCGGAAUCCAUUAAGCACGAUUGGGCUACCUUGACCGAAUCGGUGCAGAAUCACAUCAAAUCCGUCAACUGGGUGACCCGUGUGGAUCUUCGCGACAAGAAGGUCGAGUACGUGAACGGAUUAGGUUACUUCAAGGAUGCCCACAAUGUGGUAGCGUUAAUGAAGAAUCAAACCGAACGAGUACUGAACACCAAGCACGUGGUGGUCGCCGUCGGUGGACGGCCCCGGUAUCCGAAUAUUCCUGGAGCAAUGGAAUAUGGAAUUACUAGCGAUGAUAUCUUCAGUUUGCCGCAAGAGCCUGGCAAAACCCUGGUCGUUGGUGCUGGAUACAUCGGCCUGGAGUGUGCCGGUUUCCUGAAGGGGCUAGGAUACGAUGCAACCGUAAUGGUUCGGUCGAUUCUGUUGCGUGGUUUUGACCAGCAAAUGGCCACCAUGGUUGGAGAUGCGAUGGGAGAGAAAGGAAUUAAAUUCAUGCACAAAACCCAACCACAAUCUGUUGAAAAGCAAGGAGAUGGCCGUCUACUUGUGAAAUACCGCUCCGACGAUGGAACGGAGGGAUCCGAUAUUUACGAUACCGUUCUGUUUGCUAUUGGCCGUACUGCUUGUACUGCCGAUCUGAAAUUGGAUCAAGCUGGUGUUACUACCGCCGAUGGAGGAAAGUCUGAUAAGCUCGAUGUGGACAGCUUCGAAAGGACCAACGUGGACAAUAUUUUCGCCGUUGGCGAUGUAUUGUACAAAAGACCAGAACUGACACCAGUGGCUAUCCAUGCUGGUCGCCUGCUAGCCCGACGUCUAUUUAACAAUCAGGAUGCUAUUAUGGAUUACGCUGACGUUGCUACUACCAUCUUCUCCCCGCUUGAAUAUGGCUGUGUUGGAAUGAGCGAAGAAAAUGCAGAAGCAAAGUUCGGCAAGGACAAGGUGGAAGUGUUCCACGCUUACUACAAACCUACCGAAUUCUUCGUUCCUCAGCGUAGCGUACGAUAUUGCUAUCUGAAGGCUGUGGCUCUCCUGGAGGGCGACCAGAAAGUUCUUGGAUUGCACUUCCUUGGCCCGGUUGCCGGUGAAAUUAUCCAAGGCUUUGCCGCUGCUCUGAAAUCAGGCCUCACCAUGAAGAUUCUGAAGAACACUGUAGGAAUCCAUCCCACCGUGGCAGAGGAAUUCACCCGUCUGUUGAUUACCAAGAGCUCAGGAUUGGAUCCCACCCCGGCCACGUGCUGCAGUUAAGUUCGGAAGCCUUUCAGAACAACGCAUUCGCUUUUCGAUGCUCCGUGUACUGUCGUAUUAAUUAAUUGUGUAAGGGCAGAUCAAGUCGCAAUCAAAUUGAGAUUGUUUUAUACCCUGCUGAUUAAACGUACCAGUUAACCAGAAAUCUUUUUGAUUGUUUAAAUAUUAA